AAAGAAUCACAGCUGACACGUCACCUCUGCAGCUGUAUGUGGUUAGAAGGCCUCUCCAUGGGACCAAAGUGUUAUUACUUCUGAGCUGUCACUAAAUAGGAUAUGAAAUCCAAAUUAGAGCUUUGAGAACAAACCCAUAUGUGAGAAUAUAGGGCAGAGUUCACGCUUAAUGAAUUCAUGUCUAAUACCAUCCCGUUUCCUUCUUAUGCCUCCAUUUGUGUAUGAUGAAACAGCAUCCAAAAUGUGUACAAUUGUGUCAUUUAUACUUUUUCGCUACUCGUGGUUUCUGUAAAGAAUUCCUUUUGCAUUAUCUCUGUUUAGCUCUUGUGAAAGGUGAGCAUCUUUUACAUUUAAGGGAAAGAAGCAAUCUUUUUGUUAAUCCAAAUGCAGUGUUCCUCAGCUGGUUGAACACUGUGACAAAGUUCUUAUCCUGACUCUUUGGUGCAACUGAAUUUGUUUUCCAUAAUUCAUCAUGCUUUUAUUACACUUCCUAAAGAGUUCCAUGUGUCAAUAACCUCUUCUCAUCAUAGUCUCCAAAAUAUAACAAUUUAAAAAGUUUGUUACCUAUAUCUGAAAGACCGCAUCUCCAAUGGUAUGUGAUUAUGUCUGUAUUUAUUCAUCUUUUUUUUUUUUUUUUUUUUCAGAAUGUUGUCUACAUCUUUAUGUUGGUCCCUCUGCCUAUCUCCUAUUCUUUUUGGUUGACAUUUACCAGUCACUUAACCUGAGCAAAUCAUAUAACUUUAAAUUAUACCUUUGUUUUCUCAUCUACAGUAUCAGGGUGAUUCUUGCCUUUGUCCAGUGAUUGGAUGCUUGGAUGGGUCAGAACAUAUAAGUGAUAUUGAUAAUGGAAAGAUACUUUUCAAAUGUGAAUGAUUUAUUUCAGAAACCUGCAUUUCUUUGUAUAUACUUUCCUGUCUCUUUUUGUGUCUGUCUGUCUGUCUGUCUGUCUGUCUAUCUUUGUAGGGCUUUCUUGAGUGCGCGUGUUUCACUGUAUUCAGCAUCUCUUCUUGCCAUAUGUUUCUCUUUUGUCAUCACAGGAUCACCAUUCUGUGUCUUGUUGAGCACAGUAUAAAAUUUAUUAUUUAAAAGUAAUUUGAAUGCUUAUAAAUUUAAUAUUUAUAGGCUGGAAGUCUUUACAUUGUUGGUUAUUAAUUAAAAAGGCGGUGAAUGAAAAAAUGUUUCAUUUAAAGCCAAAAAAACAAAUAAAAGCUUGUUUAAAGUUACUUUUUAUUUUUGUGACCUUUUACCUACUUUUUCGGGGAGGUGUGGGGGAGGGUGAGUAGCCCACAAAAGAAACAGAUAUUUCCAUGUGAGGUAAGAUAUUUUGAAGGCUAUUUAUUAAAUUGUUCUGUUUAUUAAACUAAAGAUGUUAAUUCCCAGUUUCUAAUUUGAUUUGGGAAUAGUUAUUUUUCUUGUAUCUAAGACAUUUAUUUCUGAAUACUUCAUAACUUGGAUCAUUUUUACCUCACUAUAAUAGCCCAGAGUUCCCCUCCCUUUGUGGAUUUUGAGACAUUGUUUCCAUUUUAAAUAUAGUGAGUCAUGAAGUCCCAAACAGGGUCCUCUGUAAUACUAGGUUCUGACAACAGAGAGGAAGGAAGAGGCCCCAAGUGUUUUGUGGACUGAUCCCAGGUGCCUCUCUGAUUUCAUGACUCUUUCUCCUGAGAACAAGACCCUGAAACGUGCCUGGAACAGCCAAGGUCAAAUAGAGGAGCCAGCAAUGCCACACCUGGAUUUCACUGUAGAAAUGCACGGUGGGCUCUCAUAAAAGAGAAUUCAAAAUUGUUGACAGGAAGUUUGGGUGAUGAUCUGAGUAUUUUUGGAGAUCAUACAGUAGACUCAUUGACACCGUAGGUUCACAGUCCUUUUUUUCUAGGUUGGUUGUAAGGAGCACUGUGUGAGUCUGUACCUGAAAAUAUUCUUGGUGUUGGUUUGAUUGAGAUUUUAUCUUCUUUAUUUUGUUAUUAGUAAUGAAUGAGAGCUAAUACUUGGGUAGUGUCUUGUAUACAUUGGGUGCUGUUCAUUAUUAACCCAUCUUAUUCUCACAGUACCCCUGAGAGAUAGAUACUGUUAUUCCUCCUAUUUCAUAGAUGACGAUACUGGAACAGAGAGGUUAGGCAACUUGCUGAAGGUCACCCAUCACUUUGAUGGGAAAACAAGGCUCUGUGUUGUUAACUGCUUUCCUAAAAUGACCUUCUAGCCAGAUUGUUAAGGUCUGGUAUUAAAUACCAGAUUUCAAAAAAGGAAUGAAGUAAUUAAUUAGUGAUGGUAUAAGCCAAUUUAGAGACAUUGUUUCUAAAUUGUUUAGAUAUACAGUUGAACUUUGCACAACACGGAGUUACAUUGUGAGGGUCUGCCUAUAGGUGGAUUUUUUUUUCAGUAGUAAAUAGUACACGGAUCUGUGGUGGGUCGAAUUUACGGAUGCAGAACCGUGGAUUCAGAGGAACUACGUGGAUACUGAAGAACUACUACGCAUAUGGGGGUAGAGGGUAUGUUACACGUGGAUUUUUGACUGUGAGGAUAUUCGGCACCUCUAACCCCCAAGUUGCUCAAGAGUCAACUGUAUACUCAUGAGCCACUUAUAUAUUUUUCUAAUGCUUAAGUUUUGUGAGUGUCUUUUUUCAUGAUUAAAGUAAGAGCAAGUGUAUGUCUUAAGUUUCUUGAUUAAGGAUAAAUGUUUUUGAUGCGGCUCCUGUAUCAGUGUGUCAUUUUUCUUGAGAAUAAACCAAACAUUUAUAUUUAAGUUGCAAACUGCCUGAAAGUGGAAAGUUGAUUUAGCUUUAAAUUGAAUGCACCAGGCUGGGUGAAGAAUGUAAAAAUAAAUAAAUAAACAAAUGAAUAAAUGAAAUGAAACAAUCAUUUUUUUUAUUCUGGCUGAAUACAUGAGAGCUAUUGACCUUGUUUGUUUAAUAUUUUUGCUGCUCUUCCUAAAUGAACUGUUUUAUGCAACAGUGGGCAGGAUAAGGAGAAUGCAUGUUGGAGUUUUAUGCUUUAACAGAUUUUUUUAGAUCGCAGUUUUUGCUACACGUGGUCUUUUGGGGUUGAGUAAGUAGACAAUUGCAAGUUUUGUUGUUGAGUGGUGGUAACCGGGAAAUGUCACAUCCGCGGGGUAGGGGGUGGGACUUUCACACCACAGGGGCAGUCUGGCGUCCUUUCUCAUUGUAAGCUACCUCCUUCCUCUUGGGACUGUGGGUGACAACCUCAAAGGACCUCCUCACCACCCCGCCCCCCACUUGUUUCCCUGCUUCUAAUCAAAAACUCUUGUCUCUGGAAAUGAAUGCUAAUUAGCUUGGGCAGUCCUUGUCAUGCAUUCCAGACCCCUGGCAGCUGUGAUUUUGUUUUCCACUUAGCCGAUAUAUGAGAAUCAUUUUCAGAGCAUUUCCAAUUGGAAAGCUUCUUUUGUCUUUUUAAUCCAAAUUGUUAUUGUCUUGCAAAUGUUUGCUUUUGUAACAAAGCAUUUGGGGCUGGGGGGCGAGGGGGGAAUGUGAAAAUAUAAACUGUUAAAAAGAUCUGUUUUUUAGUGCCUGGUCCCGACUCUGUGAGGGGUGUCUGUCUUCAAAGUUGUUUGAGCCAGGCAGGUUUAAUAUUCCUGUGCAGUGCAGGAUGCUGGCCAAUCAGCUGAUCUCAGUCCGCAGAGUAGAGACGCUCACAUCCCGCGGAGGCUUUUUUUUUUUUUUUGCAUUGUUUUCUUGCCUCUUGGCUCUCCCUUUCUGGAACUUCUGCUGUUUAGCCAGAUGAAAUCAAAGCAUAAAUUCUUGUACACCGGUUAGCCUUUGACACCCUCCAAGAGGGCACCGGUGGGCAGUGGGAGCUGCUGUUGGGGUCGCACUGUCGCGGUCCUCUCUGUCUAGAGAUGCAGCCGUAGUUCUUCAUGGCAGAGCUGGCAUGGGCUGUCUAAAUGGGAGGAUGCUCUCUCAGGAGCCAGAAGGCAUUCGGUGCUCUCCGAGUAUUUUAAGAAACUUCUGUUUCUGUGUGGAACGUGUCAGAAGGUAGAAUUAUCAUGAGAAUACAUUCCUGAUGAUGUCUGCAUUGUGGAAAAUAAAGCGCAAGCCCAGGAUUGAAAACAAUGGCAAGUCUGGUGAUUCUGUGUAUCGGACGCUUCAUCUGAGCACGGAACAGGUGGCCGCGUUUUGCCGCAGUCUGCAUGAGAUGAACCCCUCUGACCCGAGUCCGUCCCCCCAGGACUCCACCGGGCCUCAGCUGGCCACCAUGAGACAGCUCACGGACGCCGAUAAGCUGCGCAAGGUCAUCUGUGAGCUGCUGGAGACAGAGCGAACCUAUGUGAAAGACUUAAACUGUCUCAUGGAGAGAUACCUAAAACCUCUUCAAAAAGAAACUUUUCUCACCCAAGAUGAGCUUGAUGUGCUCUUUGGAAAUUUAACCGAAAUGGUAGAGUUUCAAGUAGAAUUCCUUAAAACUCUAGAAGAUGGAGUGAGAUUGGUACCUGAUCUGGAAAAGCUUGAGAAAGUUGAUCAAUUUAAGAAAGUGCUGUUCUCUCUGGGGGGAUCCUUUCUGUAUUAUGCUGACCGCUUCAAGCUCUACAGUGCCUUCUGCGCCAGCCACACGAAGGUCCCCAAGGUCCUGGUGAAAGCCAAGACGGACGCGGCUUUCAAGGCGUUCCUAGAUGCCCAGAACCCAAGGCAGCAGCACUCGUCCACUCUGGAGUCUUACCUCAUCAAGCCCAUCCAGAGGAUCCUCAAGUAUCCGCUUCUGCUGAAGGAGCUUUUUGCUCUGACGGACGCGGAGAGCGAGGAACACUACCACCUGGAUGUGGCCAUCAAGACGAUGAAUAAGGUUGCAAGUCACAUCAAUGAAAUGCAGAAAAUCCAUGAAGAAUUUGGGGCUGUGUUUGACCAGUUGAUUGCUGAACAGACUGGUGAGAAAAAAGAGGUGGCAGAUCUGAGCAUGGGGGACCUGCUUUUGCACACCACCGUGAUCUGGCCAAACCCGCCGGCCUCGCUGGGAAAGUGGAAAAAGGAGCCCGAAUUGGCAGCUUUUGUCUUCAAAACUGCUGUGGUCCUGGUGUAUAAAGAUGGUUCCAAACAGAAGAAGAAACUUGUAGGAUCUCACAGGCUUUCAAUUUACGAGGACUGGGACCCCUUCCGAUUUCGACACAUGAUUCCUACUGAAGCUUUGCAGGUUCGAGCUUUGGCAAGUGCAGAUGCAGAAGCAAAUGCUGUGUGUGAAAUUGUCCAUGUAAAAUCGGAGUCUGAAGGGAGGCCAGAGAGGGUCUUCCACCUGUGCUGCAGCUCCCCGGAGAGCCGGAAGGAUUUCUUGAAGGCCGUGCAUUCCAUCCUGCGCGAUAAGCACAGAAGACAGCUCCUGAAGACCGAGAGCCUUCCCUCCUCCCAGCAAUAUGUACCUUUUGGAGGAAAACGAUUGUGUGCGCUGAAAGGGGCCCGGCCGGCCAUGAGCAGGGCAGUGUCCGCCCCAAGCAAGUCUCUUGGGAGGAGGAGGCGGCGACUGGCCCGAAACAGGUUUACCAUUGAUUCUGAUGCCAUCUCCGCCAGCAGCCCGGAGAAAGAGCCCCAGCAGCCCCCCAGCGGCGGGGACACUGACCGCUGGGUAGAGGAACAGUUUGAUCUUGCUCAGUAUGAGGAGCAGGAUGACAUCAAGGAGACAGACAUCCUCAGUGACGAUGAUGAGUUCUGUGAGUCCGCGAAGGGCGCCGCCGCGGACAGAGACCUGCAGGAGCGGCUUCAGGCCGCCUCCAUCAGUCAGCGGGAGAGAGGCCGCAAGCCCCUGGAUAGUCACGCGUCCCGCAUGACGCAGCUCAAGAAGCAAGCCGCCCUGUCGGGCAUCAACGGAGGCCCCGAGAGCACGAGCGAGGAGGUCAUUUGGGUUAGGCGUGAAGACUUUGCCCCCUCCAGGAAGCUGAACACUGAGAUCUGACUGUGUCACGUUCCCCCUCCCGCAUAGAGAGAGAGUCUGUGUAGAUACGUCUCCCACUCCGCCCCUCUCCCGGACCCGCGAGGGCGGGGGAAUGUUCCCUUUAAGUCGCAGUCUUGCACACACGGUUUUGGCAGCUGACUUUGUUCUGAAGCCAUGUAGCCACCCAACUUUAUCAUUUCUGACAACAUCGGAAAGAAUUGUUCGAGAAUCCCAAAUCAGCUUGAGUCCUAUCUUCUGUAUAUUACCAAGGGCUUUUAUUUAUUCUCAAUUAAUCAGGGCCUAAAGAAUUAAAAAGAAAAAAAAUUCCAUAGCACUGGAAAGCAAAUUACCCCAGGAGUUGAAGUAUGUAUGACAGAUUAGUUUAAAGGAUAGCACACGAAAAAAUAAUAAAGACUAUCUGAAAUCUAUAAUCCAGGAGCCACCAUCUAGUUGGGGAAACAAAACAAAGCAACUGUACAGCUCGCAGUGUUCUUACUCCUUUCCCUCUUAAAUGUCUGAGAAUAUCUGUGUAUUUUAAGAAUGUGUGAGGAGAGGGUGGAGAUUUAUGUUCGAUGAGCCUUUUUUUUUUUCUUCUUUUUUUCUUCCUCUUCUGUUUCGGUCCAUGGCUGGUCUUACUCGAUGUCGGUGUUUGAAAGUUCUAGUUUUGCAUAGAAUUAUAAAGAUGCCAAACUCCUUGGAAAGAGAUCCAAAUUUAUCACUUGAAAAAAAAAACACUAUUUUUUGUAUUUUACCUGAGAUGCAGGGGGCACAAACAGAUGAGACUUUUACACAGUGUUAGUGUAAUUCUGAGUUUAAAAAAUGAGGAUUUUACCUUUUACAGAGAGUGAGGCGUGGUGAUUUUAUAUUUAUAUAUGAAAGGCCAACAAGAUGCCUAGGAGAAACUUUUUUCCCAAGAAGCAGUUUUUUGUUUGUUUGUUUGUUUGUUUGUUUGCUUUUUAAAAAAUGUUUGAAUCUCUAUUUGAGAUGGGAGCUUGGUUGGAUUAAACACGACACCGGAAUGGGCAGUGUGUGUGUCUGUUGCACAUGGCAGGGGAGGGGAGAUGCCUUCUCGUGGGGUUGCUAUGGUGAUCAUUGGUUUUCCCAUCAUAGUUGCAUCUUCAUCCAUAGAUUACCUACCCAUUCCCUGACAGUCCCUAACCAAACCUCUUAACAAAACAAUCUCUUCAAAAACAUGUCUUGUGUUUAACCUUUUCUUCUUGCCAACAAAACAGGGUAAACAUGCUAAAAAAACUAAUGUUCUAAACAGAUUUCCAAAUAGGAAGAACAAAACCAAGUUAAAGCACUUUCAAUUUCUUUUUUUAAAGGUUUAUAGCUUUUUUUUUUCCCAUUUCACAAUGUCCACUUCCUAAGAAAGGUUUAAAUAAUAUGAAAACUUUCUUUUUGGGGAAAAUAUCUAUUUGGUGUUUGACACAUCAGUAGGUACUUUAAAGACCUGAAUUUUAUAGUAGCUUUAGGAGUUAUAUUUUAUAAAAAUCAGUUAUGACUUUAUAUUUCCAGACAAUAGAGAGUUCAGAACAUCAUGCUCUUGUGCCCCUGCUUGCUUUACCUGCUUUCCUACCCUGUAUCCCUCCCCUUUCGGGUUUCCAGGGCUUUGAGCUUGAUCUUUUGAGAGUUUUAUUCUAUUAAAUUUUUGCUGUAUCUUCUGAUUUUCUUAAAGAGCUUUAGAAUGGUUUCUAUACCCUUUGUAUCACUGCAUUGUUCCAUAUCAUCUCCAGUUUGAUUGUGUCUGGGUGGAAAACUGAAGCAGAGGCUUCUAAUAGUCCCAUUUACCAGUCCCAGUGCAACGGGUUUGUCUGAAAAUGCUGGAAAGUCUGGUGCUUGGAGAGGGUGCCAUUGUCUCCUGUACAUAAGGUCAUGACGUGUCUAUGUCAAAAGUUCUUAUAUAUUUCUUUUAUAAGCUGAAAGAAGGUCUAUUUUUAUGUUUUUAGGUCUAUGAAUGGAACGUUGUAAAUGCCUGUCAAACAAUAAAAAAUAUUGA